CCUAAUUUCUAACCCUAGCUAGCUAUUGCCUUCUCCAUCUCUCGCCCUCUCCCUCAUUUUCUCUCAACAAAAGAGAGAGAGAAAAGAGGUAACCAAUGACAUUUUAGUGAGAGAAAAACAAGGAAAGUGGAGCUCCUCCUUCCUCCUCCUCAAACAUCUUUCUCACACUCGUCACCAAAACCUAAGCAAAGGCAAAGAAGCUCCUUAAAAACCCAAGAAUUCUUGAGCAAAGGAAUCUCUCUCUCUCUCUCUCCCCAAGCUAAUUAGCUGUUUUCUUGCUCGUCCUCAUCGGCUCAUAUUAUAAUUAGUAUCAAUCUCCUCUUCUCUCUGUCUCCUUUUCAUAACUCUUUUAGGUCCUCACACUUUUCUUUGUGUCAAUGUGAAGCCUCUCUAUAUAUUUGUUCUUUUCGUGUUUCCAGCUUCGAUCGGAUGUAUAUUUAAUUCCCAGCUGAGUUGAGAUCCAUCUCUGAGGUGAAAUCAUCAUCUGGGUCGUCUCGAUCUUCAACCUACUUCUCAUUGAGCUACAAACAUGGCGAACCGCUGGUGGGCCGGGCAAGUGGGUCUGCCGGGAGUCGAAGCAUCGUCAUCCGGAUCAUCCGCAGGGCUGAAGAAGCCAGAUCUGGGCAUCUCGAUGAACGAAAACGGCGGCGGCGGCAGAGAGGAAGAGGACGAACGCGACAACAACGACGACCCCAAAGAGGGUGCAAUUGAGGUGGCCACGCGCCGCCCUCGAGGCCGCCCACCAGGCUCUAAGAACAAGCCCAAGCCGCCGAUUUUCGUAACAAGAGACAGCCCCAACGCGCUGCGCAGCCACGUCAUGGAGGUGGCGAACGGCUCCGACGUGGCCGAGAACCUCGCCCAGUUCGCGAGGAGAAGGCAAAGAGGGGUUUGCGUUCUCAGCGCAAAUGGCACAGUUACAAACGUGACCCUUCGGCAGCCUUCGGCUCCCGGCGCAGUCAUGGCGCUGCACGGCCGCUUCGAAAUCCUCUCCCUCACCGGCACGUUCCUUCCCGGGCCUGCGCCUCCGGGAUCCACAGGGCUGACUAUAUAUCUCGCCGGCGGUCAGGGCCAAGUUGUGGGCGGCAGCGUUGUGGGUUCCCUGGUGGCCUCAGGGCCAGUCAUGGUUAUUGCAGCUACGUUUUCCAAUGCUACCUAUGAGAGGUUGCCGCUGGAAGAGGAAGAAGAAGGAGGCAGCGGAGGUGGAGGACAACUCGGUGGCGGUGGCGGCUCUCCGCCAGGAAUUGGCAGCGGCGGGGGACAGCAGCAGGCUGGGUUGGGCGACCCUUCUGGGUUGCCGGUCUUUAAUCUGCCGCCGAACUUGCUGCCGAAUGGUGGGCAGCUGCACCAUGAUGCGUUUGGUUGGAGCCAUGGUCGUCCUCCUUUCUAGAGGUAAAAAUAUAGACGUGUGUGAGAGAGAGAGAUGUUCUAAUGAAUACUUUGUAAUGAAAAAGAGAGAGAGAGAGAUUGAGAGAUAGAGAUGAAGAAGAUGAAGAGAUUUUAGGGUUUAUAUAUCUGUACAUUUUUGCUUUCUUUUUGGUUUUACUUUACCUACAGUACUAUAAAUAUGUCUCCUAUAUCUCCUCUCUUCGCCUCCUGUAUUUGAUGAAUAAGUUGCUUGCGAUCC